GUUCAGUUCGAGUCCAUGGUAUCGCCCACGGUUGCGACCACAGUCCACAUUGAAGCAAAGUCUAUCACGGAUGCGUUCACGAAGAACUUUGACGAGUGCCUCAAGAUGUGCCAGGAUGACGUCCAGAAAAUCGGCACCAAGCUCGACGAGCGCAUCGCCGCUGCCGUGGUACUUGCCGCACUUACUCCGUGGUUGUCAGAGUCUGGCCUCGACGCUGAGACGUACGAGGUUCAGCCCGCCGGCCCCCUCUCAAAGCAGUUCGUUCUCAAAUUCACGGGCGCUGCUGGCCUUGCUGCCCGCCGCGUGGGCAAGGUUGAGCCGAAGCCGGGCAAAGAGAAGGCCGACGUCAUGUGGAACCAGGCAACGAUCCGCAAGCUGGGCUUAUCCAAGUCCGACCUCGUCUCGUGGGCCAGCUCGAUCUUCGAGCCUGAUGCCGAGCCAGAGUG